CCUCCCGCUGCUGUAUCGGAAGUUCUGGGCCAACUUGGUGUGGAAUUGAGCCGCGUUGGGGGCGGGGUGCGCCUUGGGCCUGCCUAGUGGAACAUGGAAGGGGUUGCAGCCGGGAAGAGGGACAAAAUUGGGGUGCCAGCGACCUCUACUGCAACUCCCGCCUCCUGCCAGUACAGGUGUAUCGAAUGCAACGAAGAGGCCAAGGAAUUGUACAGAGACUAUAACCACGGCGUGCUGAAGAUAACCAUCUGCAAGUCCUGCCAGAAACCUGUGGACAAAUAUAUCGAAUAUGAUCCUGUUAUCAUCUUGAUUAAUGCUAUUCUGUGCAAAGCCCAGGCCUAUAGGCAUAUUCUUUUCAAUACUAAAAUAAAUAUGCACGGAAAACUCUGCAUAUUUUGUUUGCUUUGUGAAGCAUACCUGAGGUGGUGGCAGCUUCAAGAUUCAAACCAGAAGAGUGAUCCCGAUGACUUUAUCAGAUAUGCUAAAGAGUGGGAUUUCUAUAGAAUGUUUGCAGUUGCUUCUCUAGAACAAGCUGCAUUUUUUGUUGGCAUUUUUACUUUCCUGUGGAUAGAACCUAUGCUAGUGGGGGAAAAAAACAACCUCACUUUGCUGCUGAAAGCAUUGUUAUUAUCUAGCUAUGGAAAACUCCUAUUGAUUCCAGCUGUCAUUUGGGAACAUGACUACACACCCCUAUGUCUCCGGCUCAUUAAAGUGUUUGUUCUUACAUCAAAUUUUCAGGCAAUUAGAGUGACCCUAAAUAUCAGUCGAAAGCGCUCCUUCUUGGCGAUACUAGCCGGCUUACUGCUAGAAAGCAUCAUGGUAUACUUCUUUCAGAGGAUGGAGUGGGAUGUUGGCAGUGACUAUGCCUUCUAUAAAUCUCAAGACUUUUGAAGAAGCAGAAAAAUAUCUCUGUGUUCGUGUGUUCAGGAAAAGAAAUUUUCAGAAUUGGACAGAUGUCUUUAUAAAAUAAAUAUCUUCACGUAAUUCAUUCCCUAACAUAUUACUUCCAAGUCAGGUCCAGAUCUCCCUCAAGGAUGUUAGUGCUUGCCUACUAGAGUCCCAGUUCUUCUGUCAUAUUCACUGUCACUGUCACUAUCAUCCUGUCACUGUCACUGUCAUCCUGUCACUGCUCAUCGAUUUGCUCAAGCGGGCACCAGUAUCGUCUCUAUUGUGAGACUCGUUCCUGUUUUUGGCAUAUCAAAUAUGUCAUGGAUAGUUUGCCAGGCUCUGCCAUGUGGGCAAGAUACUCUCGGUAGCUUGCCGGGCUCUCCGAGAGGGGUGGAGGAAUCGAACCCAGGUCAGCCCCAUGCAAGACAAAUGCUGUACCCGCUGUGCUAUCGCUCCAGCCCCAUUUGUCAUAUUCAGUGGCUUCAAUCUCUAGUUGGGUUUUUUUGUUUGUUUUUGGUCUGGGGGGUAUGGAUUUUGUUUUUUCAGGGUUUUGUUUUGUUUUCUAGUGUAUAGUCCUGUCAUAAUUUGACACCUCCUCUGCAACUAACUUUUUAUAUUAAGAUUUGAAAUUUGAAAUUUGUUACACUGACCACUAUCUCCUACUUUUCUUAAUCAUUUCGUUCUCGAAUUCUACCUCCCCCACUUUGAUUGCCCUUAUUUUCCACCUCUAGUAGCUUGGCCCCUAACUUUCCUUAACCUCUAACCCACAAAUGCCUGUCUUCUAACCAUACCUAGAACCGAUAGCAGCUAUUAAGUUAUUCUUGUUUAUUCCCUUGAAACCUGUCAGUUUUCUGCCCUUUUGUCAAGGAUACUUUUGUCCAAGUCUUAACCAUCUGUAUUCUCUGUAAACAUGGAGACUGUUGUGUGUCCAGGACAUCCCUGCCACUGAAGGGCAGCUGGAUCUCUGUGUUGCUCCUCUAAACCUGUAGUCACCUCUAAUUACCCUCCCUUCAAAUGGUUGAAGUAAGGGGCCAGGGAGAUGGCUCAAGGGGAUGGAGCACAUGAUUUCCCUAUAGAAGACCACUAGUUUAAUCUCUAUUAUUUCACAGCGCCUUCAACACCUCUGGCUAUCUCCCUGGUAGCCCCUGAGCACUUAAUGUGAAUGUUCUGAAAUCUCUACACUCCUUGUUCCUGUGUUUGCUAUCACUUUCUUGAAAAUCACUUAACAUUUUUUCAUCAUUCACAACUUAACUGGACAUGUCUUCCUACAUUUUUCAUUCCCUACUGUCUAGCUUCCUCUCUGGGGCCAUUUCCAACCUUCAAGUCCUCCCUUUGGUCACAGGUGGACUUCUGGACCACAACCUAUUUCUCCUUGCAGACAGUUUGAGAAUGUGGGCUGACUUUAGAGGGUUGGCCUUGAGCUUGAGGGGCUGCGAUGGUGAGGAAGGCAUGGAGGCUGGACCUGUGCCCUUGGUCACUCUCACAUGUGAAAAGACUUUUUACUGGUGGCACCUCUAAGCCUUUCUCUGUGACCGUCCUUCUCCUCUCCAGGUCUGCAGAAAAAUUGCCCUUUACUUCUCUUAUCCAAAUGGAUAUUCCCCUCUGCUUUAUUUCUUCCAUAACAAUUGACAAGCCUGUCUCUUCACUAGCUUUUCUCUUUGUAAAAUAUCAUUUCUGAGUCUCCUGAAUCUGCAUUCCUAAGACUCAUAACCCGUUUGUCAGGGUUGUCCUCCUCCAGCUCUGCUCCGGAGCACUCCUCUUCUAAAACCAGCUGCCUGUUUAUUUUUUGUAGUUUUUUUUAAUCUUCUUGUUUGUUGCAGCAUCCUUAGCAACAAACAGCAGUUGUGUCCAGAAGCUUCUGAAACUGCCCCAGUACCAAAUUCUUGUCAGGUUGUUCAUUAUCAUUUCUGGUUAGGAAAACAAGUUUGCCUACCAUUAAUAGCCUUUUGAAAACCAUUUUCUUCUUUGAUGUUAUGUCAUUUUUUACAUUGUGUCAUAUUAAAAUUUCAUGUGUUUUAUGACUGAUUAUCACAACUGGGUUAAAAGUUUGCUGUGUUGGGGCUGGAGCAAUAGCACGGCAGGUAGGGCGUUUGCCUUGCACGCGAUCGACCCAGGUUCGAUUCCCAGCAUCCCAUGUGGUCCCCCGAGCACUGCCAGGAGUAUUUCCUGAGUGCAGAGCCAGGAGUAACCCCUGUGCAGUGCUAAGUGUGACCCAAAAGCAAAAAAAAAUAAAGUUUGCUAUUAGAGCAAUAGCUGAGGUCUGGGAAUAACCAAGUGUUCAAGAAUAGAUGACUGUAUAAAGAAAUGAUGGUACAUAUACACAAUGGAAUAAGGAAAGGAAAUUUAAGAAUUAAGAAAAUUAAGAAUUAAUUAAGAAUUAAGAAAAUUAAGAAUUUAAGAAAAGGAAAAGUCAUACGAUUUGCUGCUGUGUGAAGCAACCUGGAGAGUAUCCAGGAAAUUAAAGGAAGGAAAUUAAAGGAAGGAAGAAAGACUGACACAGAAUGAUCUCUCUCAUAUAAGAAACAUAAUGAAUACCAAAGCCAAUGGAAACAAUAUAAGAGCUGGUAUUCAAUAGGAAACAAGCCACUUGAGGAGAUGGGGGCGCAGAACAGGGAGGGGGCAAAAUCUAUGGUGGAGGGAAGUGUUCAAGUGGGAAGAGAAGGUGGUACUGAAAGGUGGUAAAGUGUUAUGUAUGAAACAUCAUCAACAGAACUGUAAACCAUAGUGCAGAAACAGAUCCUGAAGUUUCUGGAUGCAGCUACACCAUAUCUCCAAAUUGCACAAUACUGAGAUUCCAAUGGGAGCACACCAAAUUAGGUAGGGAAAGUAAGGAGGCCAACUAACUGCAACAAAGAAAAACAACACCGAAGGCCCAACUAGCAACAAACAGCUUAGUAAAUGCUCAGACAAGGACUAAACAACCCCAUGUUGAGAUAUAACAAUUUUCACAAAUUUUCUUUUAAUGAGCUAUUUUUGAUAAGUUCAUUAUUUAGUUGCAACAAGCAAUAUGAAAAAAAUUACUAAAUGCUUGCUAAGGGAGCAGUCUCGGGGGGUGACUGGUAAAAUGGAGACUGGUGAGAGAAGGUACUCUGGGGGUCUGAUUGGUGUUGGAAUAUCAAAAACCUGUAGCAACGACAUUAUGAGCAACUUUGUAAACCACAGUGUUUAAAGCAUUGUUUUUUAAGUGCCUCUCAUAAGAGCAGACUGACGGAUGGAGGUAAAUUGGGGUGGCGAGAGGGCAUUAAUAAAAGGAAGUGGCCACAGGAGGAGGGAUUGGUAUUGGGACAUUGUGUACCUGAAACCUAACUUUUUAAUUUUUUAAUGACUAUCAAUUAAACAGAUUUUUUUUAAGUUUGCUGACAGGAAGAAACAUGCAAGGAAAUUGUGUCUCCCAUAGUACAGCAGAAUUUUACAUAUUUCUGUUAUUACUCAGGGUUCUAUUUUUUAAACUGAGGUAUAACUAAAAGUACUGACAUAAGUCAAAAUAUAACUUCUCAUUUCUGUUUCAUGACACAAAGAUUUGGGUGCUCUUUUUUCAAAAAGCUAUGGUAUGGGGCUUGAGUUAUAUAUAGUACAGAAGGUAGGGCACUUUACUUGCACUUAGCUGACCUGGGUUCAAUCCCAGGCAUCUCAUAUGGUUCCCCAAAUCAACCAGGAGUGAUCCCUGAACACAAAGCCAGGAAUAAGCCCUGAGCCAGGUGUGUCCCCUCCACCCAAAAGUAAAAAUCCCAGCUUUCCCAUCCUUCAUUCCUCAUCCUAAAUACAGAAAACAUGUAAAGAAACAGAAUAUUUGUACAAGAACUGAUACAUACAACAAGUGAAGAUUUAUAAAUUAAAGUCCAGGUGAACAUUUGAACUGUAUUCACAUGUUUUUUAUUUCAGUUAAGUUGCUGACUCUACAUAUGCUAAAAAUCUUAGUGCUCUAGUAGUAGAAACACUUAUACUAAAGUAAAAAUAAACAGCUUUCAUAAAUUCUCAAUUCAGUACCUUUCCCCCAUAACUUACUCUUUAAAAUUGCUGAUCCAAAAUAACUAAAACCACAAAAAAAAUUUUACAGAGGUGAACUGUAGCUCAAUAAAUCUGUUAUUAAACAGGCAUUACCUCUCCCGGUUUCAUUACCUCUACCCAUUUCACUCAUUUUUUCAUGUUAUUAAUAAUUAUAGAGCACUUACUACUACAUGUGUAUCAGGCACUAAGUAAUGGUGAAUAAAAUAUUGCCAUUUUAUUUAUAUUACUGAGCAGAGAGUCUCUUGCCCACACACCUGGCUGUCUUCCCCAGGGCCCCUCGGAGGAGGUGGGCUCCAGUUUCCCUCCCCACCCCAAGCAGAGCUCCUGCAGCUGAAGACCUCCAGAGCCUAGCCACAGCCAUGCUCAAGGCCCCUUCCCACAUGUUCAGAGGAGCCUUACGCAUGAAGGUGCCGGCAGAGGAACCCAGGUGUGUGGGACCGAGACUGAGACCUCCAAGCCUGCUCGGAUCAGGGCUGGGUCUCUUCCGCCCAGAUUCCCCAUUUUCCAGUAGCUAGGCAGUCACACCCAGGGACUGCCCCCGGCGCCAUGUAAUCCCACCAGUGGCCAACAUCCAGAGACUUAAAACCAAGCUCCUGGAAGCGACAUCUUAUAGCCUAGUUCUCCCUCUGGGAGAACCUGGCAAGCUACCAAGUUUCCUGCCCACAUGGGAGAGCCUUGCAAAGUCCCCAUGGUGUAUUCAUAUGCCAAAACCAGUAACAAUGCUGGGUCUCAUUCCCCUGACCCUGAAAGAGCCUCCAAUGUGGCAUCGUUGGGAAGGACGAGUAAAGAGAGACUUCUAAAAUCUCAGGGCUAGGAUGAAUGGAGACGUUACUGAGACCACUCGAGAAAUUUGACGAUCAAUGGGAUGAUGAUGAUGAUGAUGAUGAUGAUGAUGAUGAGCAGAGAUGGAGUAAGUAAUUGUAGUAUAGUGUGAUAAGUGUUACAAUGGAGUAAUUCUAGAGUACUAGGGAAAUAAGUAGAAACAUUUCAUCUUGUCUAACAGAAAAUCUUCCCAAAGGAAAGGAACAAGGAACUUUCGAGUAUGUUUGUAACCACGAAUGUAAAUUCCUAGGGGAAGUAAUUUGUAUACACAGAAAUAGGAAGUAUAUAAUAAGUACAUAAUACAGUGGGUGGUUUAUGGACAGUGGUUAUAAAAAAUUAUACUAGGGUGUUGGGAAAGAGUUUGCAUGUUUUGUAUGCUCACCAGAACGGCAUGAACCACUGAGCACUGCUGGAUGCAGUCCUCAAGCACCAAGCCAGGAGUGACCCCUGAGUCUUUCAGUUAUAGUGCCAAAAAACAUCACCAGAAGCAACCUCUAGACCCUGGACUGGGAGUAGCCCCUAAGAACUAACACAUGUGACUCAAGAAAAGAAAAAAACCACUCCUUUAUUAUUAUUAUUAUUAUUAUUAUUAUUAUUAUUAUUAUUAUUAUUAUUAUUAGUGAAUCACCGUGAUGUACAGAUACAGGCUUACAAACGUUCGUGCUUGCGUUUCAGUCAUACAAUGAUCGAGUACCGAUCCCUCCACUAGUGCCCAUUUUCCACCACCAAUGGUCCCAGCAUCCCUCCCCCCCCACCCCAUCCCCACCACGCCGCCCCUCCUCUGUGGUGGGGCAUUCCCUUUUGCUCCCUCUCUGCUUUUGGGAAAAUAACACUUUAAAAAAAACCAAAAAACAAAAAAACAGGAUAGUAGCACAGAACACCAGCUAUAUAUGGAGAGGGCUGUUGACCACCAGGGGGAGCCAUAAAUGUUAAAAAGGAAGAAAACAUGGUUCAAAGGCAGACAACCAAAAAGAAAAAGUAAAUUAAAAGGUUAUUAUAAAGGGAGCUGAAGAGAUAAUACAGAGGUUAAGAUUAAGGCUGACCUGGGUUUGAUCCGUAUAGUACCAUCAGGAGUGAUCUCUGAGCACAGAACCAGGAGUAAGUCCUGAUCACAGUAGGAUGAGGCCCCUCCCCACCCAAAAAAAAAAAUCAUUAGAAAAGUGACAAAAAAGGUAGUAUACCCAUUAUAACUUGAAAUCUCAAAACUGUUGACUCAGGUGAGGAGAAACAUUACACAUUUAGAAAUUUAUACUAAAUAGAUAACAAGUCUUGAUUUAUAAAGGUCUUAAUUCAUUCACUAAUCUUUUUUUAAACAAAGCCAACCCGGGUUCGAUUCCUCUGUCCCUCUCGGAGAGCCCGGCAGGCUACCGAGAGUAUCCCACCCGAGUGGCAGAGCCUGGCCAGCUACCCAUGGAGUAUUCGAUAUGCUAAAAACAGUAACAAGUCUCACAAUGGAGAUGUUACUGGUGCUCACUCCAGCAAAUCGAUGAACAACGGUACAACAGUGCUACAGUGCUACUUUCCUUAACAUGAUAUGCUCCAGUUUCAUCCAAGUUGCAGCAAACUGCAUGGCUUUGUCAUUCUUUGCAGCUGUGUGAGGGCGAAACUGAUGCCCUGACAAGCUGCAGCUAACAUUCUCAGCUAGGCCUCAGUUUCUGCUUCCCUAAAGCAAGACUUGCAGUUUCUGCUAAAUUCCUUAGCUAGGCAAGGAAUUGGGCAGUUGGGUCUGGUCGGUCAUGAUGGGGUCACUGUACCCUCCUUAGAAACUGCUACUAGCCACUGUCUGACCAUAAUUGCUGACCACUGUUGUAAUAGGGCCAAUGCUAAAAAUAGACCAGUUUAUAAAUUGCUUAACCCUGAGCCCAAUAUAAACUGCUUGUGAUUUGGAGUCGGGGUCCUUGUCAAGACUCCACUGCGUUGGAUGAGCCUUGGACCCGAGCUCGAGCUAGCAAUGGCUCGAGUUAGUAAUAAAGUUCCUUUGCUUCUGCAUCAUCGUGUGUGGACUUGGUCUCCCCGAGACUGGGGAUCUGAAAUUUGGGCACAACAGCUGCAAAGAAUUUCAUUCUAUAUUUGGUAUAUUCCAUACCACACCUUCAUUACCACUCACUUGUCGUUGGACACUAGAUUGAUUUAAUCUCUCAGUUAUUGUGUUCAGUGCUGUAAUGGUGUGCAUAUGUCCUUUUGAAUAAAUGUCCCUGUGUCCUGGGGAUAGAAUUGCUGGGUCAUAUGGCAAAUUCAAUACACAAAAAUAAGCCACA